AUGAAAACCUGUCUACCCGUGCCACCGGUUCCUUUAAGAAUUCUGACCCAUAAUAUACGAUAUGCGACUAGCUCCCCGUUCAAGGGUGAAGUACCGUGGGAGCAGCGCAAAAAUUUACUUAUCAACGAGUUGCGGUAUCAUACACGCCACCCUAACGAUACACUGGUCUGCUUGCAAGAGGUUCUCCAUGAGCAACUAGUGGAUAUCCACACAGGGCUCAACAAAGCGACAUCAAGCUUGGAAUCAGACUGGGCUUACAUCGGGGUCGGCCGAGACGACGGGCAUCAGGCUGGCGAGUACUCGCCCAUUUUCUAUCGAGAGUCAGCCUGGUGUCUCAUUCAUUGGGAGACUGUCUGGCUAUCAAAGACACCAUCGACACCUUCGAAGAACUGGGAUGCAGCCUCAAUUCGCAUCCUCACCAUCGGUGUGUUAAGUCAUCGCGAAAGCGGGAAUACCAUCCUCGCAAUGAAUACGCACCUUGAUGACCAAGGUUCAAGGUCUCGCUUGGAAGCUGCACGAAUCAUUCGAGCAAAGAUACGCGAGUAUCGAUGCAGAGAGUGCGCGUAUCUCAUCAAUGGUGCUUUCCUUGCAGGCGACUUGAACAGUCAGGAAGACCAGGAGGCUUAUUCGGAUCUGGUCGGGUCUGGCGACUUUGUUGAUACUUUCAAAAUGGUCGAUCCAUGUCGCCGCUACGGAAACUACCACACCUUCACUGGAUUCGGAUACGAGAAAGAACCCCCCUCAAGAAUUGAUUAUGUGCUGCUUUCCACUGUCAAGCCCAAUGCGGAGUGGAAAGCGGAGGGCUACUCGGUGAUGACCAAUAAAUUCGAUGACGGCAUAUACAACUCGGAUCAUUGUGCAGUCAUUGCUGAUAUUCAUCUUUUGUGCCGAUGA